GGAUAGUAGAGGGUGCUUCGAUCGAUGCUCUCGUCCUAGGAGUGUGCGCCAGUGGGCGACCGUUUACAACGCGAUAAGCGUCGCGGCGCCCUCAACGACAGGCAAGUUGAGGACGUCGUCCUAGUGCGUCCGCUUUUCAUUCGGUUGUGCUUCCUCGUGCGGGUUCGUUGUGUCAAUCCACGAAAAACGAGAUCCUCGAUCCCGAUAAAUCGUCGAUCGUUGGUGUUGUUACAAUUCGUGUUUACGACGGACGGCUGUUAAAACGAUCGCGAUGAAACCAUGAAUCAGACGGUUGUGACCAACGACAACAGUCAAGAAGAUGCCGGUACACCACUUGAACACGGGAAAUGCGGGCCAGCUGGACAGUGUUGCUGUGUAAUCAACCAACUACCGUCCCCAUGCUUGGCAGUGCCUUUCCUGGGACCACUUUAGAAGCAUCGGAGGAUGGGUUCCCGGAGGAGCGGCGCAGGGGGGAGCCGGGGGAACGCUGGCGUUAUGAAGGAAAGGGCCAACUUGUCGUUCAUGCUCGUGGUCAUGUUCUUCGGCGUGUUCGCCGUGAUCGUCCUCACGGAGAUAUUCCUGAUCGACGAGAGGCGUGGCAUGGGCGUAGGUGGGAGCGGGGCCCUAGGAGGUCACAGGAGCGGGCAUCGACUGCCGGCUGCGCCCGAUCGGCCGGAUUACGGGGAGAUCGGAGCUGAAGAUUAUAUCGGAUUGAAGGGCAGUUUCGACGAUCAUAUCGGAUUAUUGAUGCACGGGGACGACGGAGGACAGAAGGCUGCGAUACAACCGGACCCAAGAGGUUUACCGAGCUUACCACCCAACCUGGAGGCUCGUCUACCGCAACUCGAUCAGAGCUUGAGGAUCACGCACGCCGAAUGGUUGCCGGUCACGAAGACCAGAUUCAAAUUCUUUGUAUACUCAGCGUACUUCGAUGACAGGGUUGGUGGUACGGGAGCACCAACAGGUAAAAGUCAGGGCAUGGUUCGAAUAAUAAGCGCAACAAAGACAAGAGGACCGGAGCGUGUUUGGUGUAGACUUUGGUAUCGACCGGAGAACGGAGGGAACGUAACUACUUCCGUAACGGUAGCUGCUAAAGUGAAGGUGAUCAGGGAAAAUUGGAACUUGAAGUACAGUGCCUGCUUUGUGAUUUGCCCGUUGCCGAAAGAAUCGGCCACGAUCGACAGAGUGCCGGAAACGGUGAGCGUGGUGGCCAGGUUGAAAGCAUCGCCAACGAAUCGCAUCCUGGUUCAGAAUCGGCCUGAAAAUAGAGCGAAGAACAAAGAAAUGUUGGCCGUUUGCGUGAAACCCCUACAUUACGAUUACAACAGGGUAUUACAACUCAUAGAGUUCAUCGAGUUGCACAGACUGCUUGGCGCUAGCCACGUGACUUUAUACAACGACACGGUCGGCAGUGAGGCCGGAUGCGCUCUCAAGUAUUACGAAGCUAAAGGUCUGGUGACCGUGUUACCUUGGCAUCAUUUGGACAUGAUCUCGCAGCGAGACAUUCGCACGGAGGGAUUGUUCGCUGCCCUCAACGAUUGCCUUUAUCGAUCCAUGUACAGAUACGAGUACGUGGCGCUGGUGGAUCUCGACGAGUUCAUUAUACCGAGGCACAACGACACCAUCAUUGAUCUAAUCAGAUGGAUGAGCAGUCGCAUAAACGCCAAAGCCACCGGAUCAUAUUCCUUUCAAAACGCGUUCUUCUAUCUUCAAUGGGCGGACGACCCGUUCGUGGUGACCAGUCGCACCCCCAUAGAGGCAGGCUUGAUCACAUUGAAGAAAACUAGGCGUAGAACGAAGCUACACCCCCACAAACAACGGUCGAAGUACGUUUGCAAGCCCCAGAACGUGGUCGAGGCUGGCAAUCACUUUGUCUGGGAGUUCAUCCCAGGCCAUGGGACUCUGAAUGUCCCAUCGGACGCAGCGAUCCUCCACCACUACAGGGUCUGCGAGUUUGGCGGCGACGAUUGUAUAAAGACUCAAUCGGUAGUCGAUAGAACGGCCUACAAAUACAAGAAUAGAUUAUCGGAUAGCGUUGGGAAAACCUGGUUCGACCUAAACGGCGAGUGCUCGUUACCGAAAUUGGAACCGAUUCCGGGUAUGACACCACGGAUAAAAGCCAGCCCCAAAGUGUUGAAGUCGGUCAGGUAGCGAAAGACCAUUGUCGAUACUCUUUGGGAUAUUGGUAAUUUCACUGGUACACCGAAGGUAGCGAGAACUUACUUCUACAACUACGGUGGCCCGUAGUUUUCCCACUCGGAAGUCAUUACCUCUCGAAGAGAGAAUGUUCCACGGAGAUUUGUAUGGGUAUACAACCGUAUAAACGCGUUUUUUCUACAUUUUGCGGUCCACACGCCUGAUAAAUCUCGUUUUGAGAGGAGAAAAAGAAACACGGAGAGAGAGAGAGAGAGAAAAACCCGGUGCCUGUCUGUCUAUCAACGAGCCAAAUCGAGGUGCGGUGCCGAUGGCACUUUGUUGAGAAUGUUGCGACGCUUAAGUGCGAAAAGCUGACGAUAAUAUGAUAUUUUUCUACGUGAGAAAGACUCACGAUCGACCGGCAAAGAUCCGAGCGCCGACAAGACGACGAACCUUUCCCGGGCGAUCCUGUAUCUCUUACGCUAUGGUGCUUCUUUCACGAUUUUAUACGGUAUUGUAUUUGUGUACGAGUUUUACUUUUCGUUUUCGAAUCGAAGCCGAAACUGGGCGAGAAAGAUAUAUAAAAUAUAUAUAUAUAAGGAGAUAUUGUGAAGUUAUCGCGCAGGGCCUAUAAUCGUUUCCGGUCUAUAUCAUCGGCUAUAAUGUGAAAACGUCUGAUAUAUCGUUAUCUUGUUGAUCUCUAUUCUUUUUUUUUUUCCACCCCCUCUCUUCUUUUAUUUCACACCUAUAAAUCCGCACAACGUAUAAAGAAAAACGUACGCAUAUCCAUAGGAUCAAUACUUAUAGUGGUAGUUUAUGUAUGUAUAAUAUGUAUCUAGAACAUCUAGUAUUUAAUCCGAUAGCGAACGCGUAGAAUGCGAAAAUGUUUUUAAAA